AAUCGAUGUCAGCUCCACAAUGGUUUGUUCCAGUUAAAGCAGGUGAUGCUAAAGUUCCAGCUUAUUACCCAACCGACGAUAUGAUUCAAGAACAAAAGAAGAAAUUAAGAACAAGAAAAGGAGCUAAAAUAACAGCUCUUGAUAAACCAGCAUGGAAUCUUGAAAAGUUGAGAAAAAGUAUUGUACCAGGUGCUAUUCUUAUUAUUGUUGCUGGUAAAUAUGCAGGAAAGAAAGUUGUUUUCUUAAAACAAUGUAUUAAAUCAGGUGCUCUUAUUGUUACUGGACCAUUCAAAAUCAACGGAGUUCCAUUAAUGAGAAUUAAUCAAAGAUAUGUUAUUGCUACUUCUCAAAAGGUAGAUGUUUCUAAAGUUGAUACUACUGGUGUAGAUGUUAAAUUCUUCAAAAAGAUUGCUAUUAAGAAAGCUGCAUUUGGAAAAACCGUUGAAGAAGAUUUUGCUAAGAAACAAUAUGAAGCUAAGAAAGCAUUAAUUGUCGAAAAACAAAAACAAGUAGAUGAAAGUAUUGUUGCAGAAAUUAAGAAAGUUCCAUACCUUAAAGAAUAUAUGGCUUCUUACUUCACACUUAAGAAUGGUGACCAUCCACAUCUCCUUAAAUUCUAAGUUAACUCAAUUAAAUCUUGAAAUGAUUCUUUUGUUCUAA